UCCCAGCCCAGUAGAGGAAAACCAAAAACUUUUUCUCUUUCAUUUGGUAUCCACUUCCUGUAUUUUGCACAUCACCAAGCGGGGUGCAUCACCAAGCGGGGCGCUAGGCACUCGUCUUGCAAGCUACACUGCAAAAAAUAUCCACCUCAACUAAUGAUUUUUCCGUUAACGUUUGCUGUUAAAAAAGUUCCCGGAACCUGCAAAAGUAUCUUCGCGUUGGCAGUAAAACCACGUCAUUCUGUCAAACAACUCCCCUUUUUACUCCCUGUUGGACCAACAUCCACAGUUUAGGAACAACUGGAUAAAGAUUUUGGAUCACAAGCACAACCAUGAUGACCGGAUUUCGGCUGAACUUGACGCCGCUGAAGGAGCCUCUGGGCUUCGUCAAACUAGUGGAGUGGCUCACGGCCAUAUUUGCUUUUGGAAGCUGUGGCGGAUUCUCAGGGAGCAACAUCAUAACUCUCCUCUGUGGCGACGGCAGCAAUGAAACACUCAAUGCCAACUUUCACUACCCGUUUAGGUUAAGCCAGGUCCCUCUCGUCAACGUAAACACCACUAUUUGUAACCACUCUGUGACGACGACACACAUGGUGGGAGACUCGGCCUCCUCAGUGGAGUUCUUUGUGGGCAUCGCCAUCAUCUGCUUUCUGUACAGCAUGGUGGCUCUGUUGGUGUAUUUAGGCUACAUGCACGUCUACAAGGACUCUGACUUUGGACCCAUUUUUGACUUUGUGGUCACAGUGAUCCUGGUAUUCCUGUGGAUGGUGUGUUCGUCCGCCUGGGCGAAGGGUCUGCAGAAUGUAAAGGAUGCAACAGACACUGAAGGGAUCAGCGCCACACUGGCGCUCUGCAAGGGGGGCAACGUCACCUGUGAGGUCACGGAGUUCGCCAACAUGCGGACCCUCAACAUCUCUGUGGUGUUUGGCUACCUCAACAUGUUUGUGUGGGCGGGCAACGCAUGGUUUGUGUACAAGGAGACCAGUUGGCACUCCCAGAAAUUCUCUUCUCAACCCAGACCAGGAAGGCAGCAGGUCCCCGCACCCAUCUAACCUUCAGUACAAUAUAAGGCAACACAAACCCGCAGUCACAUACAAAUACUCACAGACACAGAAAUCAACAUGUACACACCACACCUAGAUAAGACUCAAACAGACACAAUUUGAGCACAUGUGCAUGAAGCCAUUACUAUACAUACACACACAAACAGAUGCUCUGUGAAGACAAAAUGAAGGCUAAAUUUACAGAUGGUCAGUUUAAAAGCUGAUGGUUGGGAUGUAUUGGAGUUUGUGCUUAUCAAUACAGGAGCAGCUGUGCACAUUAAUGGCAUACUUGAACUGAGAACAGUUCUAACAGCAAUGUAAAUUUCCCAAAAGAUUUGCUCUGAAGGUCUAAGUAACCCUGCAGCAGUAGAAGGCAGGGGGAAGAAAAAGUGCCAUAACUAAGGUUUCAUGUGUAUUUUAGCCUUAUCUUUCAUUUUAUUUUUCACUUUCACCUGUUUCAUAUUCUAUAGCAACACCAAUGCAAUUAGUAAGUCAAAUCAUUUUCAACGUGCCUUCUUACAAAACUUCCUAGAAGGUUUCUUAUGCUUUCAUAAGCACAUACAUGCACAAGCAAUGACCAAAUGUGUUACUAUUUUAUUUUUUAAACUUAAGUUUUAUAGCAGCAUUAUGGCUUAUGAGCUUUCCUUACUUCUUUGGUCCCAUUUUAGGAUACUGGUUGGAUUUAUUAUGUUUAAUUACAUACUGAUGAACUUAAAGUACUUUGAACACAUCAGUUUGCCUAUGACAUAAAAGCAACCGCAAGGGGCAAGAUUAGAUUUUUUUAACAUCUGCAGUAAUAAGGAUAAUGUGAUUGUGGUUGUCAGGGUAACAGAAAGGGGUAAGGUGGUUGUCUGUGGAGCAAUAUGAAGCUUAAUACCAUAAUAUUAGCAUAUUACAUUCAUUGUAAUUUCUUGACAUACAAUUUAUUGCAUACAUUUGAUACUGGCUUUGAAAUUGAGCCAUGCAUAUUUUAUAUGUUUUUAGAUUUAGAGCACCUUGGGUAUCUAAAAAAAAAAGUGACUCACUCAAAUAUUAAUUAAUUCUUUCAUUCAUUGACUUUCUCACAGUUAGCACAUUUGCCCUCUAGUGGUGGCUAGCAGGUGUAGCAAUGUCUAGACAAAAACCAAACAAGGGUUAUUCCUAGUAGGUUGAUGAGGUCAGACCAUUUAAAAGUCUUUUUCCUGUUCUAUAUACAGGUUGACAGGUUAGAUUUAUUAAACACACUUCCGACAUGAACCGUGUAAAAUGGCCUCCAGCCAAAAUAUUAGUGCACCAAACAUGCACAGUGCGCUCAUAUGGUGCUUGAAAUGCUUUCAUGAUGUCCUUUAAAGCACUGUGAGGGUGUAAAUCCAUAAAUAAUAUUGAUUGAGAGUUGAUAACUUAAUUAGAAAAUCCUGCCUUAUGAGUGCAGCCAAAAUAAAUACUGUCUGAAGUCUUUAAUCUUUAUUAAGGUACCAGCUGAAGGUUAAACGCUUCAUUAAUUGUGUCAUUUUUUGUUGCUGUUAUGAUUUUGAAUGUAGUUGUUAGUAUUUGAAUUGUCAUUCCUCACUUUCUUUGCAUCACUUUUUUCUUCCCUGUUGAAGCUUAUUUCAUAUCUCCCUGUGAUGUUAAAUCAGUUAUUUUGUUGUUUUCUUGUUUUUUGAUUGUCUAGGGGGUUUUUUUAUCCUCCAUGAGACACCAAACCAAGUGAGCUGGUGUUAUUUUUAUAAAUUUGUCACUUUUUGUCUUAUUUUUCAUUUUAUUUUUCAUUACAUUGAUGAUUAUUUGAAGGUAUUUCUGAUUUUCUUUUUUUGUUAUGUUGCCUCUUGAUAUAGUAAAAUUGUAAGUGGAAUGAUGUGAAUUCAUUUAACUUUGCCGAAGCACAAAGUUAAAUGAAACAACAAAUGUGUGUGGUAUACUGGUUAUGCCUCUGCACUCUUGUAAUCAUCAUCUAACUGACUAUAGCUUUGUCAAUGAUUCCUAUGCAUUUAACCUGCCAAACUGUCUUAUUCAAGAGACAUUCAUUCACUGUGUGACAUGCACAAUUUCAAUAUACCAUUGUUUGUUUUUUUAAAUAAAAAUUGAGGAUUUUUUCAAUAA